AUGGCUAGGUUACAAGGAAGCCAGAAGAGGUAUACUGACCGGAAAGAAGUUAAAACCGCUGAUAUUAAACGAGCGCUCACACAUAGGGCAAGAUUAAGGAAGAAUUAUUUCAAACUAUUGAAAAAGGAAGGGCUAGAUGAUGAUGACAAGGUAAAGGUUGGUGGUGAUGACAAGGUAAAGGUUGGUGGUGAUGACAAGGUAAAUGUUGGUAAUGAUGACAAGGUAAAUGUUGGUAAUGAUGACAAGGUAAAGGUUGGUAAUAACGAGGAUGGUACAAAUACAAUUCUCAAAAAACCCCCGGCAAGCGGUAAAAGCAAGUCAAUGAAUUUUGCAGAGAGGACGGCUAUUGCCAAACAGCGAAAGGCCAAAAUGAGACAAGAAAAGCUUGUUCAAGUACAAGAAAAGCUUCAAAAUAUCAAAGAGCAAGAAAAGAUCAAACAGUUGAAGAAACAGCAAUUGAAACAAAGGACAAAGUAUGGACAACCCGUGAUGGGACCAAGGAUCAAUAUGCUACUAGACAAGAUCAAACGAGAUGACAACUCAAAAUGA